CUGUUGGGGUUUUCUAACCCACUCUGGAGGUGGCGUUUGUUCACUUUGUAACACUUACCCUUGCAGAUUCUUGUAUGAAAAAAGAGACGAAGAAAUGGAGAAACAGGCGGUGGAUAUAGCCAGGACAGCCUUUAACACGGGUAGGUCCAGAGUCCUGCAGUACAGAGUUCAGCAGCUCCGAGCUUUACUGCGGCUCAUCAGAGAGAAACAGGUGGACAUCAGUGCUGCUCUCACCCAGGACCUGCACAGGAGUGAGUUCAACACACCACUUUUGGAGCUCAUUGGGCUUGAGAAUGAGAUCAAGCUGGCUGAACGUGAACUCAGUGACUGGACGAAACCUCAGCCUGUUCAUAAAAACCUCCUCACCCUGACAGAUGAUGUUUUCAUUAAAGCUGAACCUUUGGGUGUGGUGUUGAUCAUUGGAGCCUGGAACUACCCAUGGGGUCUGACCUUGGGGCCGCUCAUUGGAGCAAUUGCAGCAGGCAAUGCUGCUGUGGUGAAGCCUUCAGAACUGAGUAAGAAUUCAGCCAGCCUACUGAAAGAACUACUUCCUCAGUAUUUGGAUCAGGAGAUGUACCAUGUGGUGACUGGAGGAGUUCCUGAAACCCAGGAGUUGCUCAAGCAGCGUUUCGAUCACAUCUUCUACACAGGAAACAGCACAGUGGGGAAACUGGUUAUGGAAGCAGCUGCACACCACCUCACACCAGUCACUCUGGAGCUGGGGGGGAAAAGUCCCUGUUAUAUUGAUCAGAACUGUGAUCUUGCAGUUGCUUGCCGUCGAAUCACCUGGGGGAAGUUUUCUAACUGUGGCCAGACAUGCAUCGCACCAGACUACAUCCUCUGUAACGCCAGCAUCCAGAACAGACUGAUUGAAGAGAUUCGUCAGACAUUACAGGAGUUCUAUGGUGAGAACCCUAAAAGCUCUCCAGAUUACGGCCGCAUCAUCAACCAGAAUCACUUUGAGCGUGUGCUGGCCCUGAUGGAGGGAUGCAAUGUGGCUGUGGGGGGAGAAAGCGAUAAAUCACAGUGUUAUAUUGCUCCUACCGUUCUGAAGGAUGUUUUGCCUCACGCCAGGAUAAUGCAGGAAGAGAUCUUUGGACCCGUGCUGCCAAUCCUAACUGUCAGUGAUGUCAGUGAGGCCAUUCGCUUCAUUAAUGAUAGAGAAAAACCUUUGGCUCUUUACAUCUUUUCUUCUGAUAAGAAGGUGAUCAAGCGAAUGCUGAGUGAGACGACUAGUGGAGGAGUGGUGGUUAAUGAUGUAAUGAUCCACUACACAGUCAGCUCCUUACCCUUCGGCGGAGUAGGAAACAGUGGGAUGGGCAGAUACCAUGGCAAGCAUACAUUUGACCAGCUUAGUCACAAACGUGCUUGCCUCAUCAAGUCUUUAGGUAUGGAGAGUCUGAACAAAGCGCGCUACCCUCCACAAACAGCGUCCCGUCUGCGCAGAGCCCGGUUCUUCAUGCUGAGCCGCUUGCGCAGCUGCACCCAUCUCACCUUUGCCUGGGCCAUCAUCUCCACCAUGCUGGCCUUGGGUCUGUUCAUCGCCUUACUGGUUGUCCUGCUCAAGGGUAUCGUGAUUUGAAGACUCUGAUCAUCAUACCUAAAGAUCUACACCUCAAGACAGAUGCUACAGAUGGUGCAGUUGAACUAAAGCAAAGCCUGCCAAAUAGUAUUUGAACCAAAAUCUACUGUAACUUUUUAAUGCACAAUUCCUAUGUACAUUACACGUUGUCUUUGUUUGUUUUCAAACCCUGUGUGGUUUGAACAGUGUGCUCUCUGUAAAGAUGGGGUACGACAAACACAGACUUGUCAGCAUUACCCGAAUUUCCUGAGCUUUGGACAGGGAAUUUGAAUUGCCAAUGUUUUCGGAUAAGCCUUUUUCACUGUUCAGUGAAGCAAGCAACAAAGAGCUUGUUCUUUCCGCUUUGUGCUUUGAUGCUCAAGCCAGACAGUGAGAAUCUCAGGAAGGAUUUGGCAUUAUUGAAUGGUGACAAACAUCUUCCACCAGGUGGCGUAAUGCUACUACAGAAUAAUAUGAGCUCUUCUAUUUUUAGCAGUAAUCUCAAUUCCACUUGGAAGUGUAAUCAUUCGUAAUUAUGGAAUUAAUCUGUAAGUUAUUAAAAAAAAUGUUAUGUCAACUAAUAUUCACAAUGAAGCGAAACUGCACACUACACCCACAUUGGCUCUUGAAUUAGAGCUUUAAUUUUGCUACUACUCUUUUGGAAGUGCUAUGAAUUUCUUACUGAUGAAAAUCUCCUUUACAUUUCUGGCUUAGAUUUAAUCUGAGAAAGACCUUUGACUAACUCUAAUUCCCCAUCCAACACCUGAGUCAAAAUAUUUCAAAUUCAAUACACAUUGUUCUUCUCAAAUAUCAUCUAGGUUUCCACAUUCUGUAUACCACACGCUGGGAAUACAAAUAUUUUUAUACGCAUAAGACUCUGCUUAAGGAUGUCCUGUACUGUAUUUUCCAUAUGUGAUUCAUGAAUAUUACAUUCUGUAUUUCAUCAGACCGCAAUUCUACCAUGACUCACAGCGUCUAGUGGACCCCCGAGGCGAUGACCCCACUGUGGUACAGCUUUACUCUCAUGUACUUCAGUGAGUUCAUGCAUUCCAGCACAAGCUCAGAGCUGUAGUGUCUGUUUACUUUGGAUUAUAGCCCUUAGUGUGGCUUACAGUCUUAAGGGGCUACAAUGCCACUGAAUUGAUGCAUGUUGCAGACGCUUUCAGAAUUUUUUUUUUUAAACUUUUUUUUAGUUUUAUCAAACUUACUGUAUGUCAUCAGUUGUCUUUUCGUUGAUCCGCUUGUAUCUAAUGAUUCUGAGCAUAUCAGAACUACUGUUUUCUCAUUAUUUCUAGCCAAGAUGAACCAAGAUGAACAGAGUUACUAUUUAAUGAGCAUUGUAGUUUAUUUCUUGAGUGUAGCUUUUUGAGGCAGGACGCAGAUAUAGAUUGACACAGAGUUGAUCAUCUAGUUCUGUACACUUGAACAAAAAGAUAAAACAAGAGAUACCGCUGUAUCAGAGAGAUAGAUGCAGAGUUCUCAGAUACAGAGGUUUUACACACAAAGUGCACAGUCAUAACAUGGCUGAUAGAUUUGACAGAAAAAAAAAAACAAAGGAGAAAACAGAACUGGUAACUUCCCUGGGUGCCAGUAUAACCUUUAUCAUUAGCAAGAAAUAUGCAGACAUGCACACUCACGCACACAUGCACACAAGAGGCAUAAAGACAUUAAACCAACUAAGAAACUAAUAUCCCAUAUAUAUUACUUCAGAGGUUCUCAUUAUUGGAAUAUGUACAGUAAUAUUCUGACUAUUCAUUGGAGCCAUUGUGAUUUUUAUUCCUGAACUUUCCUCUGACAGAAACAUUAGGUCCAAGUUGGAAUUGCUUUUUUUUUUUUUUGAGCUAUUGAAUAUACACGGAAUAUAAAUGACCAGACAGACAGGUUAAUAACUAUAUUUGCGAUAAUAAAUUAAACUUUAUUAAUGGUAGGUUGUGAUUUCCACCACUGUGACAACAUUAAAAACUGGCAGACCCCUUGGCUAUGCUUCACAGAUCCCACUUUGAGAACCAUAACACUGCACUACCUAAAGUUAACUAAAGAAGCUCUUGUCAGACUGUCUUUGCAAUCUCUUCCUGUUUUUUCUGUUGUAUAUAAAGCAUAACUCCUAAUCUCAUACUGUGUUUAAGUGAUUAGAAUGCUACAGAGAAGCUUCUUUUGUGGUUAGUUGGUUGUCUCUGGCUAGCCAUUAUCUGUCCUUUCAUCUUGUUCCUUUUCCAAAAAAAAGAGGCACAUCUCCGUCUUACAGCUCCAGUGUUGCAGUUUCCAUGACUACAUAUUAACCCUGCUAACCUUGGCACACAUAGCAUUUAUGAAUGUGUGUGUGCUCGCUAAGUGACUGUACCUCCCACGCUAGGCCCACACGUCUCUCUCUCCGCUACACACCCCUUCCUCUCAGCUUCCCAUGUGGUUCUGCUCUGUCUUCCAAAUUCUCUCCUCCUACUGCCUAUAAACACAGUUGGAUAAAUUACUGAGGAAGUGUAAUCCUGUACUGAUUACAAAUUACACAACUGAAGAUGUAAUCAGUAAUGUGAUCUUUUGGUUACUUAACUGCAACCUAAUCUGAGUAAGCCUGGAUUGCUUUUGGAACGGUUUUAUUCGAUUAAAUUAUACUUCUGUGUAAAAUAAUCUUAUCCUGUUUUAUAUCACAGCUCUGUUGAAUGCUUGAUUCUGAUUGGUCAGAAGCUGUUGAUUCAUCUUCUAUAACUCUGGCAAUAGUUAAUAUUAACAUGCUCAUUUGUUUCUAUAGUAACAACUUACACAGGGACUUUUAUGGUGGAUUUCCACACAAAAGGAUUAAAAAAUGUGUAUAACCAUUGAUAUGGUGCUGUUUUCUGUGAGGAGCUGUUUAUUUAUCACUUGGAAGGAGUCUCCAGUGUCAGCACUUCAUAACAGUCAGAGGUGAAGUUGUAACUAUAGGUUGUUUUGACAUGGGAAAUUCCUCAGGACAGAGAGCUUUGCUGGUUCUUUUUUUUUUUUUUUUUGUAUGAUCAAUUUCAAGAGGGAAAAAAAGAGAAAUGCUGGUGAGGGAAUGUAAAUCAUAACAGCAACUAAUGUUGUAAUAUAUAAACAAAUAAAAAGUAUGUUGUGUCUUUAAUUCAUUCAAAAAUUGUAAUCAUUAGCAAAUUGCUGAGGGGGAAAAAAAUACUUCAGGACCUGCAGUUAUUGAAAAGAAAUCAACCUUAUGGUAAGAGUAAUUCUGCUUCGCAUCUAGUCACAUCACAUCACCCCGUCAUUGAUUAUUUUCCUAUAAUAGCACACCCUCACGUGUUUUAUUCCUUACGUCCUUACUAGCAUAAAAAGAAAAACAUAUAUCUCAUAUAUCUCACAAAACAAACAUAAGUAGAUUUCUAUGUGCAGUAAAUAUAAUAAAAGAUUAGACCAGAACAUUUUUUUAUGUUAACAUUAGAUUAAAUAUCUCAAAAUAAGGGAGACACAAAGACAAACUCCUUAUUUAGGCUGCUUAUGAGAACCAGACUUUAACAUAGCAAAAAUAAUCAUGUAAUUAUGCAUGUCUCAGAGAAGCGUUAUGUAACUGCUUAUCUUAUGUUUCAAUAAGAAAUCAGAUCAUUUUUUCCAGCUGUCUCAACCUUCUCUAAUUAGUUAGCUGUAUAUCUAGCAACCAGUGCUUUCGCCAUCCAGUAUUAAACACUAAGGUUGGAUGACCAGCUCUACUGCCACUACACACCAAUAACAUUGACUCAGGUGUAGAGACAGAUAUUAUGCAGUAAAUGAGAAUAAUGUACGCACUACAUUAUGAAUUAAUAGACUAUGACUUAUCCAGGUAAAACAAUGUACUCAGUAAAGUAAUCAGCAAAAUAUUAAAGGUAAUCCGUGUUUGUCAUGUGUUUUGUAGUGUGUUUUUUAAAAAAUAUUGUUACCAUCUAACAACUUUUAGAAAAGUUUCCAUUUUACAUAGCUUUCUAGCUUGCUAUGCAGAGACUGA